AUGCCUUCAUCGGAGGAUGAGAUUGUACUUGACUGGGAGGGUGUUGUGGAUGGACUUAAUUUGCAGACUUCCAGAACAUCUGAGAGACUGAACCAGAUAGAUCGUGUUCGUGCGAACGGUAUUGGUGACCACAUCGCGUUGCCCCAGCUAGCGGGCAUCAGUGGUAUCCCGUUUCCUCAGCAAGACGGUCUCUGCACCCGGUUCGCAACAGAGAUCAUUCUGCGCCAUGACCCUAGAGAACAGCGUGCUACAGCCACGAUAAUACCUCAUGUUUCUCGUACGGAGGAAGCAAAAACCCUCUUAAGCGGGCUCCGUCGACAUAUACACGACUUCACAGAGCUUCCAGCUAUUAUUGAGGCCGCUACAAACCUAAUGGGCGUUCGAGGAAAUGGCGCAGAUAUAGAUGCACCUGCCUUCUCUGCUGAUGUUCUCCGCUUGGAACUGGUCGGCCACACUGGACUGCAUUUAACGAUAGUUGAUCUACCGGGUUUGAUUUCGGUGUCUGAAGUGGAAGAAGACGUUGAGCUUGUUGAGCAGCUUGUGGAUUCAUAUCUUGAAAAUCCACGAACAAUUAUCCUAGCUGUGGUACCGGCGAGCAGUGAUCGCGCUCGUCACUACGACCCGGCCGGCUAUCGAACCGUGGGAAUUAUUACUAAGCCCGACCUUAUUAAUGCUGGUACAGAAACCCGUAUUGCACGCUUGGCAAGCAAUUUAGAUCGUACAAAACUGAACCUGGGCUUUUUCCUUGUAAAAAACCCUUCGCCAGCUGAGCUGCAGAAGGGCAUCACCAUAUCGGAUCGCCGAAGGGCGGAGGUAGACUUCUUCUCAGCUGAGACUUGGAAAUCACAGCACAUGGAUCCAUCCCGUAUAGGAACAGACAAUCUGCGAAUGUUCUUACAGGAUCUUUUAGACAGUCAUAUAGAGCGGGAGUUGCCUAGAGUACGCGAAGAUGUGCAACGGCUGCUUAAUGCAACCAACGAUGAAUUGGUAGACCUGGGUAUGGAACGUUCAACACCAAACCAGAUUCGGGUGUACUUGACGAGGAUCAGCAGCGAUUUUCACAACGUGGUAAAAGCUGGCAUUGAAGGGGCAUAUGCUGGUCGUGACGCGAUAUUCUUCCACGUGAAUCGCAAUGAUAUAUCCAUUCGGCUUCGCGCAGCUAUUCACAGUGAGAAUGAAGAGUUCGCUGCGUACAUGAGACAGCAGAGCGUGAAGCGAAAAGUGGUCGCAGACGAGGACUUGGAUACAGCCGAAGCCGAGGAGGAUCAAUUGCUUGUCACAGAUGAUCAAAUGAUGUCGUGGAUUCGCAAGAUAUACAAGCAGACGAGGGGUCGAGAGCUGCCAGGUAACUAUAACUUUGCCUUGCUCACAGAAUUGUUCCAUGUUCAAUCAGAGCGAUGGCAGAACAUUAGUCGUCGCCAUGUUGAGGAUGUUGUGUCAUUGGUGGCUCGUUUCAUUCAGUCUGCGUUGGCAUUUAUAGUCAAGGACUCAAAAGUUCGCCAAAGCCUAAUGAAGACGAUCAAAGUCACGCUAGACACCAACGCGAGAGAUGCCUAUGAGGAACUGGAUAAACUUCUCCAAGAUGAGGCGUGCCAUCCCAUCACUUAUAACCAUUAUUAUACAGAUAAUAUCCAGAAAGCACGACUUGAUCGGUCCAAAAGAGCCCUUGAAGUGACUAUGGGUGAUGCAAUCCGCGAAGACCGGCACGACAAACCCCGCGUCAGCAAUUCGCAAGUUGAGAUCGACAGAUUAUUGUCAUCUCUUCAAGAGCGUGUAAUAGUUGAUAUGACGGAGCUGGCAUGCGUGGAGGCAAAAUCUGACUUGGCCGCCUAUUACAAGGUCGCCAUGAAAUCAUUUGUGGACAACGUUUGUCGCCAAGUAAUCGAGAAGCAUAUACUUGCCAAGCUUCAAAAUGUUUUCAACCCACUUACCGUUAGCACAUACAACGACCAAGAUCUGCUCCACUUGGCCACCGAAUCGCCUGAGAUAUGCAACCGUAGGGCUGAGGCGCUACGGCUGCAAGAAGCCCUAGAGCAGAGCCUACAUGAUCUCGGCGUUUAA